GCGGGCAGUGUUUGUGAGGAGAGAGAAAGCUGCUGAUCAGCAGAUCUGCUGCCUGUCUGUCGCUCUGCGGGUUUUAUUUUCCUCCUCUCCUCUCUUUCCUCUUCCUCCACUCCGCAGCAGCGAUGCCUCCAGAGCGCCUGGCCGGCCUCGGCGCUCUGUCUGCGGGCUGGCAGUAGAUCGGCGGCUCGGUGCAGUCUCUUGCCGGCCUCGGCGCUCUGUCUGCGGGCUGGCAAUAGAUCAGCGGCUCGGUGCAGUUUCUCUGUCAUGGUGCAGAAGUCCCGGAACGGCGGGGUGUUCCCCGGAGCGCAGGCCGACCAGAAGAAGCUGAAGGUCGGCUUCGUGGGUCUGGAGGCCGGGGGGAGCGAGUCCACCAGGGAUGGAGCCCUGCUCAUAGCAGGUGGGGAGGAAGGUCCUCGGCGGCAGCGCAGCAGUGUCUCCGGAGUAAAGAAACCUCCGAAGAGAAACGCUGUCUACAGACGACUGCAGAACUUCCUGUACAACGUCUUGGAGAGACCGCGAGGAUGGGCCUUCAUCUACCACGCCUACGUGUUCCUGUUGGUGUUCUCCUGUCUGGUUCUGUCUGUGUUCUCCACCAUCAGAGAGUACGAGAAGAGUUCGGAGGACGCUCUCUACAUUCUGGAAGUGGUGACCAUCGUGGUGUUCGGGGUGGAGUACAUGGUGAGGAUCUGGGCUGCAGGCUGCUGCUGUCGCUACAGAGGAUGGAGAGGAAGACUCAAAUUCGCCAGAAAACCUUUCUGUGUCAUCGACAUCAUGGUGCUGAUAGCGUCCAUCUCAGUGUUGGCUGCAGGGACUCAGGGAAACGUCUUCGCCACUUCGGCCAUCAGGUCGCUCCGCUUCCUUCAGAUUCUGAGGAUGAUCCGGAUGGACCGGCGGGGAGGAACCUGGAAACUGCUGGGGUCAGUCGUCUACGCCCACAGCAAGGAGUUGAUCACUGCGUGGUAUAUCGGCUUCCUGUGUCUCAUUCUGGCCAGUUUCCUCGUUUAUUUGGCAGAAAAAGAGGACAAUGAACAGUUUGAGACGUAUGCAGACGCCCUCUGGUGGGGACUGAUCACCUUGACAACCAUCGGAUACGGAGACAAGUUCCCAAUCACCUGGAACGGACGUCUGCUGGCUGCUACCUUCACUCUGAUCGGAGUUUCUUUCUUUGCUCUGCCCGCAGGGAUCCUGGGUUCUGGUUUUGCCCUGAAGGUUCAGGAGCAGCACCGACAGAAACACUUUGAGAAGAGAAGAAACCCGGCGGCUGGACUCAUCCAGGCAGCGUGGAGGGUUUACGCCACCAAUCUGAGCCGAACUGAUCUGAAUUCUACCUGGGACUAUUACGAGAGGACUGUUUCAGUCCCCAUGUACAGGUUGAUUCCUCCUCUCAAUCAGCUGGAUUUACUGAGGAACCUCAAGAACAAAUCAGGACUUUCAUUCAGGAAGGAUGCCCAGCCUGAACAGUCCCCCAGUCAGAAGGUCAGUCUGAAGGAGAGGGUCUUCUCGUCUCCCCGGAGUUCAGGAACCAAAGGGAAAGGUUCCCCUCAGCACGGGACUCCCACAGUUGGAUCCGGUGGUGCUGGUCCUGGAGGUCCUGGAGUCCUAGGGAAUGUCCAGGCCUUGCGACGGUCCCCCAGCUUGGAGCCCAGUCUGGAGGACAGUCCCAGCAAGGUUCCAAAGAGCUGGAGCUUCGGAGAACGUAGCAGAACCCGACAGGCCUUCAGGAUCCGAGGAGCUGCCUCCCGCCAAAACUCUGAAGACGCCAGCCUGCCAGGAGAAGACAUGGCCGAUGACAACAAGAGCUGCCACUGCGAGUUUGUCCCACAGGAUCUGACCCCAGGGUUAAAGGUCACCAUCAGGGCUAUCUGUAUAAUGCGAUUCAUGGUGUCUAAGAGGAAGUUUAAGGAGAGUCUUCGUCCCUAUGAUGUAAUGGACGUGAUUGAACAGUAUUCAGCCGGACACCUGGACAUGCUUGCCCGCAUCAAGAACCUCCAGUCCAGGGUGGAUCAGAUAGUUGGCAGAGGGACACCAAUCGCAGACAAGGACCGUCCCAAAACAGCCAACGAGGAGCUUCCUGAGGACCCAAGCAUGAUGGGACGGUUGGGGAAGGUGGAGAAGCAGGUCCUCUCCAUGGAGAGAAAGUUGGACUUUCUGGUAAACAUCUACAUCCAGCGAAUGGGAAUCCCUCAGGCUGAGACCGACGCCUACUUUGGACCCAAGGAGCCGGAGCCAGCCCCGCCCUACCAGAGUCCAGUGGACCAACUGCAAAAGAGCCAGUCCAUCUCCAAGAUCCCCCAGGUGUUGCCUGGCGACCACGUUGAGAAGAGUCGUUUUGGGACAAAGAUGGUCCGCUCCAGCAGCUCCACCGGACACAGGAACUACAGCGCUCCCACCUGCCCGCCCUCAACCUCCUGGCAACCAAUCAGCUCUCAGCUGCACCAGCAGGCCCCUCCCCAGCGUAGCCAUGGCAACACUCCGAGUCCAGUGGGGGACGGGUCACUGGUUCGACUCCCGCCUCCUCCGGCCGGAGAGAGACACGGCGGGAACCGAUCGAGCCGGCACAGCGCUGGAGAGAGAGGGGGGGCGGAGCCUCCAGAGAGGGGGGGAGGAGGAGGAGGAGGAGGAGGGGGAGGGGAAGCGGACAGCGACGCCUCCGUCUCCAUCCCAUCUGUCGACCACGAGGAGCUGGUGCGCUCCUUCAGCGGCUUCUCCCUCUCCCAGUCCCGAGAGAACCUGGACUUCCUCAACAAUGGCUUCUACUCCGCCAGCCGGGGAGGUGGCACCGCCCGUUGCGCCACCGUCCGGCCGUACAUUGCAGAGGGUGAGUCGGACUCCGACUCGGAGCUCUGCGCUCCCUCGCCGCACUCUGACCAGGCCUGGACCGGAACCAAGUAGAGCCGAACCAGCACAGCAAUUCAAACAACGAUCAAAAUAUGGAUUUAAACUAAGAAACUGUUAAAAACUGAAACAGACACUUUAAACACCAGCUGGAGUUACAGAAUAAAGCAUCAUGGGCACUGUAGUCUCACAGACAUAUCUCCACAUCCCUGCAGUAUGGUCUGGCCGCCCCGCUCAUCUAUUCUGGGAUAGGGGUUACACAUUCUGGCUUGUUGGUAUUUCUUUAACACAGUGGUUCCUAACCUUUCUGGUCUGAGGUUCCCCAGCAGUCCUGUCAGACAAACUCACGUACCCCUUCGUUCAUUCACAAUGUUUGUUUCAAAUGUUUAACACUAUUCGUUAUAUAAAAGUGGAUAUUGUUAGCCUGGGAAAACCCUGACGAACUUCCGGCAAAUUUUAGAUUUGCUCUGCAACUCCGUCUGGCCAAGAGCCCAUUCAAGCCCAUUUCCAAUUUUUCCAAAUCGAGGCACCAAUCACAACCGUUGACGCGGGCUUUACACGAUAUGACGAUAGCGCAUCGACGUUGAAUCGUCAUCUCCUUCAUUGCUCUGAUAGGUUUUCGCUCUGCCCAAUUGCGCCUGGGGUCAACCAGGCUAGGAUAUUGUUCAUUUUUUUGUACAACUGAACUGUCAAUAUUACGUUUGGUAUGGUGAGUAUCCUACUACUACAAACCUUCUAGGAUACUACUACUUGGAGUGAAGCUAAAUGUUUGACCAUAUAUCCAUUAACGAUUAUUUUAACUAACUAUUUCAACCAUUUAUCCAGUACUUAUAAAUAAUCAUUCAAACUGUUUAGCUUACUUUUUUACCCUUAAUUUCUGGCGUGGAAUCACUGAUUUAAACCAAUCACAGCCAUCCUGGGCGGCGCUAAGUCCCAGAUGCACAGACUGCGCCCUUGCAGAAUAUAUAGCGGAGCUAACGGAGGAAGACGCGCCAGAUGUCAGGCUUUAUCCCAACACUGAGCCAGACCAGAGGAACUAUGGACCCCACAAACAACUGGCUCUAUCGCUGGUUUUAUUCAUGAGAAAGUUUUAAUGUGACAAAUGUUUGUUUUCACUAUCACUGAUUGGUUCACUGCUGGCACACGCUCACACCUGAUUGGUUGCUUCUUUCCAUGUUUAAGGGUUAGGGUUAGUUAUUACAUUACAUGUCAUUUAGCUGACGCUUUUAUCCAAAGCAACUUACAAUUGCUACAUAUAUGUCCGAGGUAACACGCCUCUGGAGCAACUAGGGGGUAAGUGUCUCGCUCAGGGACACAUUGGUUGAUGUAUCGCAGUGGGAAUCAAACCCAGAUCUCCCACACCAAAGGUAGGUGUCAUAUCCACUGCGCAGUCACCACCCCACCCAGUUAGGGUUGUAAACACUAUUAUCAGACACCUCAAUGUUGCAGUCGUUUUGAAAAAGCUGACACAAAGCAUCAUGGGAACAACAGACUGUGUUAUUUCCUGAGAGUCAUCCCGAGCUUUCAGCAUAAAAUUGUUUAUUCUGCCCUCUACAGGCAGAGAGCUGGAACUACAGAAACUGUGACAGAGAUACAACUUUGUGAUGUCUUUGUAACCGUAUUUUGCACGUUUGUGGCUAAUAUUUUGCAGGUUUAUCGGAGUUUCUAGGUUUUAAGGUUUGAAGGAAUCUUUCACUUUGAAACUUUCACUAUUUUCUGGCGUUUUAUCAACUAUAUGAUUAAUGAAGAAAAUAAUCACAUUAUUUGUAGCUGCAGGCCUAAAAUAUGUCACUGUUAAUUAUUUUAAAAUAUUCAUUCAUAAAUCCCAACGGCUGAUUAAAUAACCCAGCGACAGGAAUGUAAACAAUAUGUGAAGAUCCGUCCAGCAGAGCGAAGAGUUCAACAUGUCUGACCAGCAGAGGAGAGCUAAGAGAUGUAAAUAUGAGUGUCAUCAUCAGACAGUAAAUGUUUAUUAACUGUCUGUACAUCUGAUCAAUCCGCUAUGGAUCAAUGUGGGAUUAGCUGUUAAAUCAUUUUAAUUCAUUCAUUCCUCUAUCUGCAUGUGAACAUUUUAUUUACCACUUACAUGGAGACAAAGAAGGAAAGUUGUUUUUUUGUAAUUUGUUUUUUGAAAAAAAAAUGUAAUAUUUUGUGAAGGGUUUUCAUUUGUCAAUCUGACUGUCCACCUUUAAAUGUUUAAACCACCUAUAAUUGUUUCCAUGGUCACCGUCUGUCUGUUCAGAUCAAACUGUACGUUUGUGUAGAGAUUGCCUGUUUGAUUGUAUUUCAGUAUUAAUUAAAAACCUUAAACCAUC